AUGGCGUGGAUCUUCAGAGAUGACUCGCGGUGGGUCGAAGUGGUUUAUGAGGCCCAUGCAUACCAGUCCUCGGAAAAUAAGUUUUCCAUGGAUCAAUUGAGAGGCUUUUGGGGUCUACAGAGAGUACAAUGCCUGGCCUCCGAGAGUGCAGUGGCCAUUUUCAGCAUAAGCUCAUGCUGCAUGUGCCAUGUCGCCAAGAGGCUACUGUUGGAGCUUGGUGUCAGUCCUACCGUGUACGAGCUCGACCAAGAAAAUGGAGGCGAGGAGAUGCAUAAGGUUCUGCUCAGACUGUUGGGUACUGCCCAAUCUGUCCCCGCUGUUUUCAUAGGUGGUAAGCUUGUGGGGGGCUUAGAACAGCUAAUCACUUGUCACAUUAGCGGCUCUCUCGUGCUUCUCUUGAAAGAAUCUGGCGCAUUAUGGCUCUGA